AUGGGACGAAAUAAAGAUGAAGAAGAUAAAAUUACAAAUAUACUUGGAUUUGAUCGUGAGUCUGCUAGUGAGAGAGAAUUGAGAUAUAAAGCUCUAUUUCAUGAACUAGAUGUAUAUGAUGAAGGUAAAUUAACAACGAAAUCAUUGAAGACGGCCUUUCGUAGGAAAAACCAUCCCUUAAGAGAUAGUGAUGUUGCUAUUCAAGAAUUAUUCAGAUCGAUGGAUUCAAACCAUGACAACGAAGUCGAUUUUGAUGAUUUUAAAAAAUUUGCAUUUUCUGCAGAACAUCAAAUUGAUAAGGGUUUCAAGAAAUUAGAUAGUGAUAAUGAUGGCUUCAUUAAAUUAGCUGAUGUGAGUAAAUAUCUUUCAAAAUUAGAAAAGACUAACCAUAUUGUAAUAGAUAACACUACUUUGAUCGGGAAUGAUAUUGAUGCAGAAGCAAAUACAUGUAGAGCUGCCUCUCAAAGUAAGAAAAAAACUUUUGCGUCAUUUGCUAGAUGGGCUUUUAAUCAGAAAUAUAUAAAUAAAGGGACUAAUACUGAUAUGAUUACCAAUAAUGAUUCUGUUAUUACUUAUAAACAAUGGCGAGAUUUUUUAUUUUUAAUGCCAAGGAAGAGUGGAUCUAGAUUACAUACCGCAUUUUCUUACUAUUAUUUAUUUAAAGAGGAUGUCGAUUUAUCUUCCGAAGGUGAUGUGACUUUAAUCAAUGAAUUCUUUAGAGGGUUUGCUUUUUUUGUUGCAGGUGGUGUCUCAGGUGUGAUAUCACGUACUUGUACAGCACCAUUCGACAGAAUUAAGGUGUUUUUAAUUGCAAGAACUGAUUUAUCAUCAACUAUACUUAAUUCCAAAGAAGAUCUUUUAGCUAGGAACCCAAAGGCUAAUAUAGAUAAAUUAAGAUCACCAAUCGUCAAAGCUAUAACAUCUUUGUAUAGACAAGGUGGUAUCAAAGCAUUUUAUGUUGGGAAUGGGCUUAAUACGUUUAAAGUUUUCCCCGAAAGUUCGAUAAAAUUUGGAACUUUUGAAAUGAUGAAAAAACUAAUGACAAAAAUUGAAGGCUGUAAGGAUAAAUCUGAACUUUCUAAACCAUCAACAUUUAUAGCAGGUGGUUUAGCAGGUAUGGCCGCACAAUUUUCUGUAUACCCAAUAGAUACAUUAAAGUUUCGAAUUCAAUGUGCUCCUUUAGCUAAUCUUCAGGACAAAAAUAUCUUAAUAAACACAGCAAAACAAAUGUAUCGCGAUGGAGGACCACUAAUAUUUUACCGAGGUUUAACUGCAGGUCUUUUAGGUAUGUUUCCAUAUGCUGCAUUAGAUUUAGGUACAUUUUCAAUAUUAAAAAAAUGGCUAAUAGCUAGAAAGGCUAAAGAAAUGAAUAUUUCUGAAAAAGAUGUCACUUUAAGUAACUUUACCGUAAUACCAUUAGGUGCAUUUAGUGGUUCGGUUGGUGCAUCUGUUGUUUAUCCAAUUAAUUUGUUAAGAACAAGAUUACAAGCUCAAGGCACAUAUGCUCAUCCUUAUACGUAUACAGGUAUUAGGGAUGUCUUGCAACAAACUAUCCAGAGAGAAGGUUAUCCUGGUUUGUAUAAGGGACUAAUGCCUACACUAGCUAAAGUAUGUCCGGCGGUGUCUAUAAGUUAUUUAUGUUAUGAGAACAUUAAAAGAGCUGCCAAAUUGGAAUAA